AUGCCCAACACACAUCUGAAUCGCAAGCCGACAAAGGGCUUUGCCCGCCGCGGCGGCAAGAGAGCCUUCCAUGGCCAGCGCCCGCAGACCUUUGCGGCCACCUCGCGCGCCGAGGGCACCUCCGCCGACGAGAAGGCCGAGCGCGCCGCCCUCGCCCACAGCAUCGACGAGUUCAUGGGCUUCGCCCGCUACGAGUCCGGCCGCAAGAAGGAGGGCUGGCUCGUCAACGUCCAGCCGACAACCGUCGCCCUCUCGGAGUCGGACGGCGGCCGAGCCGCCCUGGACUGCUACUUCAUCGAGGAGGACGGCCAGACCUUCAAGGCCACCGUCGAAUAUGAGCCCUACUUCCUGAUUGCCGUGCGCAAGGGCAGGGAGAGCGAGGUCGAGGAGUGGGUAAAGAGAGUGCCCGGAGACGGUGUGGUCAAGCACGUGAAAAAGAUCGACAAGGAAGACUUGAGCAUGCCGAACCAUCUGCUGGGAUACAGGCGCACAUUCAUGGAACUCAGGUUUCGGAAUGUGAACGACCUGAUGGCAUGUAGGAGGGAUAUCAUGCCUAUUGCGGAGAAGAACCGCAAGGCCAUGGGCACGGUGGAUGUUUAUGCUGAGGUUGCCGCUGCACAAGCAGGCUUCGACCUCUUUGAUGAUUCACGAGAUGAUGAUAGACGACUGAAUACUUCUUUUGCCGACGCGAGCGACUAUGUUGUCGAUAUCAGGGAAUACGACGUUCCCUACCAUGUAAGAGUAAUGAUUGAUAUGAAUAUAAGAGUCGGAAAGUGGUAUUACGUAGAGGCGAAACACGGAGUCACCACAAUAAUACUCAACGAAGAGCGUCUAGCACCAGCCGACCCGGUGGUUAUGGCCUUCGAUAUCGAGACGACCAAGCUGCCCCUGAAAUUCCCCGACGCUGCCAUAGACCAGAUUAUGAUGAUUUCAUACAUGAUCGACGGCCAGGGGUUUCUCAUCACCAACAGGGAAAUCGUCUCCGAAGACAUCUCGGAUUUCGAGUAUACACCCAGGCCCGAGUACCCGGGACCGUUCAUGAUUUUCAACGAACCCGAUGAAAAGGGCGUCAUCGAACGCUUCUUCCUACACAUCAAAGAAGCUCGCCCAACCGUCAUCGCCACAUACAACGGUGACUUCUUCGAUUGGCCAUUUGUUGAGGCCAGAGCCAGUGUCAACGGUAUCGAUAUGUAUCAAGAGAUUGGCUGGAAGAAGGACAGUGAGGAUAUCUACAAGUGCACGUAUGGAGUGCACAUGGACUGCUUCGCGUGGGUCAACCGAGACUCCUAUCUACCCCAGGGUAGUCGUGGCUUGAAGGCUGUCACUGUCGCCAAGCUUGGCUACGACCCCGAUGAGCUCGACCCAGAACUCAUGACGCCGUACGCUGCCGAGAGGCCACAGACACUGGCCGAGUACUCCGUGUCCGAUGCCGUCGCGACCUACUAUCUGUACAUGAAGUACAUUCACCCCUUCAUCUUCUCGUUAUGUACAAUUUUGCCGCUGGGAGGCGAUGACGUGCUGAGAAAGGGUACUGGUACUCUGUGCGAGAUGCUGCUCAUGGUGCAGGCUUACCAGCAGGAGAUUGUCCUCCCCAACAAGCAUGUCUCACCCAAGGAGUCCUUCUGGGAUGGCCAUCUUCUCGAUGCGGAGACUUACGUCGGUGGGCAUGUCGAAAGUAUUGAGGCUGGCGUGUUCCGGGCUGAUAUUCCUGUCAACUUCGCGGUGGAUCCCACUGCCAUUGACGAACUGAUCAAUGACCUUGACGCAGCUUUGAAGUUCAGCAUUGAGGUCGAAGAGAAGAAGUCCAUCGACGAUGUUGUGAACUACGACGAAGUUAGAGCACAGAUCAUUGACCGCCUGAUGCAAUUGAAGGAAACACCAAAUCGGAUGGAAAGACCUCUUAUCUACCAUUUGGAUGUUGCGUCCAUGUACCCAAAUAUCAUGACGACGAACAGAUUGCAGCCGGAUUCCAUGAUUCAGGAGUCAGACUGCGCAGCUUGCGACUUCAAUCGGCCAGGCAAGACCUGCGACAGGAGGAUGCCUUGGGCAUGGAGAGGUGAAUAUUUGCCUGCCAAGCGCGACGAGUACAACAUGAUUCGACACGCUUUGGAGAACGAGAAGUUUCCGGGGAAAUGGCCCAAGUCCCCGAUGCGAACGUUCCAGGAGUUGCCUGAGGAUGAGCAAGCAGCGCUCAUACGGAAGCGUCUGACUCUGUACAGUCAGAAGAUCUACCACAAGAUUCGAGACCAAACCACUAUCGUCCGAGAGGCGAUCAUCUGCCAACGCGAGAACCCUUUCUACAUCAACACGGUCAGAGAUUUCCGAGACCGACGAUACGAUUACAAAGGCAAGGCCAAAGUUUGGAAGGGCAAGACUGAGAGCUUGAAAUCCUCAGGCGCCGCCCAGGCUGAAGUCGAUGGUGCCAAGAAGAUGAUUGUGCUGUUCGACUCACUGCAGCUCGCUCACAAGGUCAUUCUCAACUCCUUCUAUGGUUAUGUCAUGCGAAAGGGUUCGCGGUGGUACUCCAUGGAAAUGGCUGGUGUGACGUGCUUGACUGGCGCCACCAUCAUUCAACUGGCCAAGGAGCUCGUUGAGCGACUCGGCCGGCCGCUUGAGCUGGAUACUGACGGUAUCUGGUGCAUGUUGCCUGCCACGUUCCCAGAGAACUUCGCCUUCAAGCUCAAGAACGGCAAGAAGCUCGCCAUCUCUUACCCUUGUGUCAUGUUGAACCAUAAAGUCCACGCCAAGUUCACCAACCACCAGUACCAGACUCUCGUGGAUCCGAAGUCGUUCAAGUACGAGACUCACAGCGACAACUCUAUCUUCUUCGAAGUCGACGGUCCGUACAAGGCCAUGGUCUUGCCAACGUCAAAGGAGGAGGACAAAAACUUGAAGAAGCGAUAUGCAGUCUUCAACGACGACGGAAGUUUGGCUGAACUGAAGGGUUUCGAGGUCAAGCGACGUGGUGAGCUUAAGCUCAUUAAGAUCUUCCAACAACAAAUCUUCAAGUUCUUUCUCGAGGGAACUACACUAGCUGAAUGCUACAGUGCUGUCGCCAAGGUCGCGAACAGAUGGCUUGAUGUUCUUGACAGCAAGGGUACCACUCUCGCCGAUGAGGAGUUGAUCGAGCUUAUUUGCGAGAACCGAAGCAUGUCCAAGACUCUGGAGGAGUAUGGCAGUCAAAAAUCGACGUCCAUCACUACUGCCAAACGUCUCGCCGAGUUUUUGGGUGAGCAGAUGGUCAAGGACAAGGGCUUGAACUGCAAGUAUAUCAUCUGCGCAAAGCCACGCGGCGCACCUGUGACUGAGCGAGCCGUGCCGGUUGCGAUCUUCUCCGCCGAACCCGAGAUCAAGCGGAGAUACUUGACAAAGUGGCUCAAGGAGGAGCCUUCCGACACUGACCCCCGUGCUCUCCUUGACUGGGGUUACUACCUUGAGCGUCUUGGCUCGGUCAUCCAGAAGCUUAUUACCAUUCCUGCUGCGCUCCAAAAAGUUCGCAAUCCCGUUCCACGGGUUCCCCAUCCGGACUGGCUUCAACGGCGUAUCAAUAUCAAGGACGACAAGAUGAAGCAGAAGAAGAUGACCGAUAUGUUCACCAAGGGUCCACUGGAGGACAUCACGAACCUCAAUGGCCCGAGGCUCGAUGAUCUUGAGGACUUUGGUGCCAAGCUUCUGAAGCCGAAGAGCACGACCGCCGCCAUCACAGCUUCUCAGUCUGCUCCAACAGCACAGAAGCGCAAAUCGCCCGAGCCUGAGAAGAGUGCAGACCCCUUUGCUGCUCUACCCAAAGAAAUGCCAGAUCCAUCCGAUGACUACCCGGCCUUCCUUGAGUAUCAGAAGCAGAAGUGGAAGAUCCAGAAAGCCGCAAGGAUAAGGAGGCGUCAUCUCUUUGGUGAACGCCGCGGCAACGUUGGCAGCAACAUCCAACAGACCUUCCGCAACCAAGCCGAAGUCACAUUCAGGAGUACAUGGCAGCUCCUACAGCUUAGAACGACAGACAACCCUGGUAUUGUCAUGGCCUACGUUCUGAUUGACGCAAAGAUCCACGCGCUGAAGGUCAAGGUCCCACGAACGGUGUUCUUGAAUCUCAAGGGCAAGGAUCUUCCCGAUAUCGAGGUUGAAGGAUGCGAGGCUGAACAAGUCAACCAUACGCUACCUAAUGGGCACUCGUCGACACAUCUCUUCAAAUUAACGGUUCCCGAGGAUGUGUAUUUCGCUGAAGCUGAGAAAUUCUCUCAACUGUUCAACCACCCUAGCGUUGAGGGCGUAUAUGAAAAACAGGUUCCUCUCAACAUCCGAGCAGUCCUGCAGCUUGGCAACCUGGCUACCAUUGAUGAGAACCAGCCAGGUGUGCUCGGCAAGGGCUUGGAGCAGGGCUUUGACCUGGGCAGUUUGAUGCGACCAUUGAAGCCCAAAGCCUACCUCGACACGAACCCACUAGCAUACCUGUACAUCUCACACAUCACGGCCGGAGAAAGACAGAUCUUUGGUAUCUUCUCAUCUGCUUCGGACCAAGCACAUAUUGUCAUCCUACAGAAGACGAAGGAUGCUAGUGCGGAUCUUCCGAAUGUUGGCAAAAUCUAUAAUGAGCUGCUGACUAAGCGCAUGGUAGACGGCGAUGGCACCAAUUGGCAAGAUUGCUUCAGGUAUCAGAGCUCCCUCGGUUUCAAGGUAACCCAAGUCACGACACGCAGGAAGGCGCACUUGGAGAUCGGGGAUCUCAUCAAGAAACUUCGAAAGGACGAACUGAGGCCCUUGAUGCUUGUCAUCCAAUCCUCGCAGCGGAAUCAACUCGUCCACGAGGUUCCUGUUCUCGCAGACUUCCCCAUCUUGCCGCUCAAAUACGACCAAGCAGACAGUGCUCUCCCUCCACUGGGAUGGCAGUCUGUGGUUGCCCGCCGUCUCGUCACUCACUACCUCAAUUUGGGGUCUUGGGUCCUGCACCUGACAGCUUUGGCAAGAUACGGCGAUAUCCCUCUUUGCAACCUUGAGCGGGACGAUCCUCGCUUCCUCAUCGACAUCGCCUAUGCCCGCAGGCUGCAGACCAACAACGUAGUCCUGUGGUGGUCCCCGGGCCCGCGGCCUGACCAUGCCGGCUACGAACAGGAUGAUAUCACCGGUCCUCUUGACACCGUAUCCAUGCCAUCCGUUAAUAACCCCGGCACAUACGCAUCCGUCUGCAUAGACUUGGACGUUCGAAACCUUGCGAUCAACACAAUCCUCACCUCUUCGUUGAUCAAUGAACUGGAAGGUGCCGAUUCGAUAUCCUUUAACCCAGCAGCUGACUCGUCUGGAGGAGAUGAUUCGGAGACACUGUACUCUGAGAAUGCUUUCGCAAAUGCUGGUGUGCUGGUACUUCGAGAAAUGGUAAAGUCAUGGUGGGCAGAAGCCUGCAAGGGCAGUCCCAUGGCAGACAUCCUGGUGCAACACCUUGUCCGAUGGGUGGAGUCGCCAGACAGCUUCAUGUACGACCGCGCCCUGCACUACUACGUCCAGAUGAUGUCGCGCAAAGCUCUUCUUCAGUUGAUGGCGGAUUUCCGCCGAGUUGGCUCCCAGGUCGUGUUUGCCAAUUCCAACCGGCUGCUGCUUCAAACAACCAAGGCCGAAGUUGGGAACGCAUAUGCCUACAGUCAAUACAUUCUGAAGAGCAUCAAGAGCAAACCUCUGUUCCAUUUUAUUGACCUCGACGUCAAAGAGUACUGGGACUAUCUAGUAUGGUACGAUGAGUUCAACUACGGUGGCAAGGCGUGCCAGGAGGUCGUCGAGGCAGAGACACAAGCACUGGAAGUGGUGAUGAACUGGCAGAUGAAGAUGUUCCUGCCAGUACGCCUCCAGGACACAUUCCAGAACUGGGUCGUGGAGUUCAUCCAGCUCAUGCACGGGCUCAAGAAGGGACCCCUCAGCGCUGAUCCCAAUUCUACUCCUCGAGCCACCCAGCUGCCUAUCACAAACGGAGAGGAUGGGGAGACCGAGAGCAUCAUCCUUACCUCGGCCUUUGAGAAACCCUUGAAGAAGGAGAUCAAGAGCUUACUCGCAACCCAAGCACGCGAGCUGUUGCACGCUGAACUGGCUUCCGACUGGUCGUUUCCAAUCCUUCCCGGCGGCCAGUUGUCCGUGGCCACCAGCGGCUCCGGAAAAUCAAGGAAGCCCUCUGCCAUUUCGAACAAGAACGCUGUCCUUGAGCUCGUCAAGGCACUUAUGCAGGUCCUCUCACUCGACAAGAACAUCACGCUAGAAGCCCGCCUGCUGCGCAAGGAACUGCUGGCCAUGUUUGAAGUCCGCGAGUUCUCCAAGGAAGCCGCCUUCGCCAACCCCUCGGCCUCUCUCAAGGUGCCGCAGUGGAGCUGUCCUGAGUGCACCCUGGCCCGCGACUGGGACAUGUGCCGCGACGAGGCGCUCCUCCCAGACCUCGGGAGUGUCAUGGCAGGGCUCCCCCCGGACGCGAGUCCGGACCAGGUGCAGGCCGAGCUGAAGCGGGCAGCGACCAACAAGCCCUGGAAUUGCGCCUACUGCGAAGCCGAGUUCGACCGGCUGCGCAUCGAAGAGAAGCUGCUUGGCGACGUUGAACGCGCCGUCGUCGAGUGGACCACCCAGGACGUUAAGUGCACGCGCUGCGGCGGCGUCAAGCUCAACGAGUUCGCCGAGCACUGCACGUGCUCGGGCGCCUGGGGCGAGAGCGUCAAGCGGGACGAGGUUGUUAAGCGCCUCACCAUCUGCAGGGGAGUCGCCGAGUGGUUUGGCCUACGCAUGCUGCUCGAGGCGGUCAAUGAUGUCUUGGGGAGUCUGUAG